ACGCACUAGAUUGAUCCCUUAUUACGACGCGGUUGGCGCGAGGACUUUUAGAGUGCACUGUGCGCGCGCGAGAAAGAGAGAAUGGGUGGAAGAAACGUUUGCGAUCAUUAAGUUGUGUUCCUGUUCUCAAGGCAAGCAUGAGAGAGAAGAGUUGUGAAACAUCGGUGAGAUGUUUGGGAAGGAGGUAUGAUGGAAGGUUCUGGAAAGGAAAGGGAGGUUUGUAAUGGAAGCUCCUUCCCAUGGCUUACGCGCACACACAACAGGUUUUGGAAACUCUCCGACUGCUUCUCUUCCCUUCAGCAAACCCUGUCUACACAGCACCAGAACAAUUACAUGGAAGUCCGUAAACCAGUGUUGGAGCUGAAAGAUGUCCCUCCCCCUCCACUCCACAGUGCCUCUCAGCAGCCGCUUGCUCUGGCCCCCCAGCCUGCUUCUCCUCCCUGCCAGAUCCCUGCAUCAGACCCUCAACUCCCCCAGCAGCCCCUUUCUCAGUCGCAGCCUGGUAGCCCUAAAGUAAGCUUAUGUUCCCGCUGUGAAUGCGGCCUGCACAUCCAGCAGCACUCUAGCUCACUUGAAGCCAGGGCGCACAGUUUCGGUGACAGUUUUGGUGGUGGCUGUAGCAUUAAGAGCAACAUUAAUGCUAGCACUGGUGGUGGCCUUCCUGCACCUUUUUCCCCUGCACAGUUGCAGACCCCGCAAAGCUUUGGGUUCCGGGUGGCCUCAGUAGCCACGUCUCAGCCCAUGGCAGCUCUCGCACACCCGUCCUGCCGCGGGUGCCUUCACACUUGUUCCUCUGUCUCAGUGGGGUGUUUGCGUUCAAAAUAUGCGUCUGGCUCUGCACCCGUCCAUGGGCCCUGCGUGGCCUUAUCCGGGUGCUGCCACUGUAGCGAGGAGCAUCGGGUGGAGCAGCACUACCAUUCACACGGUGACACGCCCUCCUCUGCUCACCUCUGCACUAACCCUUUGUACCUCGAGCACAAUACAGCCUGUCAGAAAGGAUCAAACUACUGCCAUCAGUGUUUAAAAAAGCCCAUGCAGGGUUUGGAUGCUGCCGACUCGGAGAAGGUUUGGCCGAACAUCCCCCCUCCUCAGCCUUGCUCUGCUACUGUACCCAUGUGUAAUGGCUGUAGAGUUCCUGGAACCUCCAAUGAUGGCAUUCUGCACCCCAGCAGCUUGGGCAAAAUCAACCAGAAAUAUGGGUCAACUGAAGGUGGUGGGCAGGAGUCCUUGCCCCCAGUGGGUGUGUUUUGGGACAUAGAGAACUGUGCUGUGCCCAGUGGGCGUUCAGCCGCCACAGUGGUCCAGAGACUCCGGGAGCGUUUCUUCCAGGGACACCGCGAAGCUGAGUUCAUCUGCGUGUGUGACAUCAGCAAGGAGAACAAGGCUGUCAUUCAGGAGCUCAACAACUGCCAGGUCACGGUUGCUCACAUAAAUGCCACAGCCAAAAAUGCUGCUGACGACAAACUCCGACAGAGCCUGAGACGCUUUGCUGAAACACAUACCACUCCUGCCACAGUCAUCGUAGUUUCUUCUGAUGUGAACUUUGCCAGUGAGCUGAGUGACCUGCGUCAUCGCCAUGGCUUCCAGGUCAUUCUGGUGCACAAGACUCAAGCCUCACCUGCUCUGCUGCAGCAUGCACACCUGCACGUCCCAUUCGAGGACUUUGUAUCGGAAUUGCCUCCUAGGAUGCUAAUCAAAUCGCAGCCUUGUUUCAACCUCCUCUUUGUGCACAACCUCCCCACGCACCGUGACGCCAAGUUCGUCAGUAGCAGGCUUCAGCGCCUGUCCAAUAACUGUGGUGGGAAAGUGCUGGGCGUGUCAGGUGGCACCGCUGUGCUCCGAUUUGCCAGUGCAGAGGCAGCUGAGCGCGCUCGCAAGCGCAUGGAGAACGAGGACGUCCUUGGGAACCGCAUCACUGUGUCAUUUUCCCCUGACGGUCUACAGGAGGAGGAGGUGGAGCGGUCUCGACCUGCUGCCUUUUCCUCCUUUUCUAGUGCCCUGUUCCUCCCCGUGGAGAAGCCACGGUCGCCACGUCGCCCCAGGCGGGCAUCGCGAGCCUCCCAAAGCGGCAGAGACGCUGGGGUAAAUGUUCCAGAAAGACCCUACAGCCCUAGGAAAGUGGGGCAUGCUUCUUCCUGCAGCCCAGUGUUGAAGUCCCUUUCCCAGGACAUGAGUGGUAUGGAGUCUAAGCCUAGGACAGGUUUCCCUGUGGAGAAAGUCCGCGCUGCAUCUGCAUCUCCUCAGAGCAAUGGCCUCACCUCUCAGCUCCAACUUGCUAAACCAGCCUUCUCUGCAGAGCUCCUGCAACGAGGCCGCAGGAGAGAGUCGUGCAGCCUGCGUAAUACUACAGAUUCUCCAGCAGAGCCAUUUCAGGUGAGCACUCCAUCAGCUUUCAGCAAACUCAACCUGCACACGUCCUUCAGCCCGCUGAUGUUCGCCCAGGGAUCUUGGUCCUCAAGGAGCGCUUCUCCGUGUCUGUCCAACCGUUCAUCCCCGCUGAGUGUUCCUUCUCGGAGCCCAUGUCCUGACUCUCAGCCUGAGCCCUUCUCAGAUGGUGCAGACAUCCAGGUAGCCAACCUCGACUACAGGAUGUCCAGGAAAGAGCUGCAGCAGAUCCUGCUCGACACUUUCGCCAAGCAUGGCAGGGUGAAAAGUGUUGAGCUCAGUCCUCACACAGACUACCAGCUCAAAGCUAAGGUACAGAUGGGUUCUCUGCAGCAGGCUAUCGGAGCCGUCAGCAUUCUUCACCGCUACAAGAUCGGCAAUAAGCGCAUUCAUGUCUCCCUCAUCACUGGUGCAAAUAACAAAUCCCUUACCUGCCUCAGCUCGGAGAUCAUCAGUAUUCUUCAGGACUCUCCAGCAAACUGUCUUCCACUCUUCAAAUUCACUGAAAUUUAUGAGAAAAAGUUUGGCCGUAAACUGGUGCCGAGUGAUCUCUACAGAUUGCCAGAGGUAGUGGCUGUGCGCGAACAGGGUGGCGGACGCUUGGUGUGUCUUCUUCCCAGCAGCCUCGCCAGACAUAGUCCCCUGGGCUCCUCCCAGUCCCAUAAUGGCUCCUCCACCAGCGGCAGUCCUGUGGUGUUUGAAGAGCUCGAAUAUCACGAGCCUGUCUGCAAACGUCACUACACACAGCAGGAGUUCAGUGAGGCAGAUUAUGACCCUGACACAUACAAGAUCCCGUUUGUCAUUGUGUCUCUGAAAGCCUUGUCUGCUCACGUGCACAGUUUACUGCAGUCUCACGAUGGUACUAUCCCCUUGCUCAGUUUUCCAGAAUGUUACGCAUCCGAGUUCAGUCCGUUGACCGUGGCUGAAGAAGGGAAGCUGGAGGGUAGCGUUCCACUGGAACACCUCAUUACUUGUAUACCAGGCAUCACCAUUGUAACUGCACAGAAUGGCUUCAAGGUCAUCAAAUGGAUCCACAACAAGCCCCUUCAGUCUAAUGCAGACCAGUGGCUGCAGCGCUGUAAGAGCCCAGUAGGAAAUCCACAGCUGAUCCAGUUCAGUCGAGAAAUCAUAGACCUGAUGAAAAGCCAGCCCUGCUGCCUGAUGCCCAUCACUAAAUUCAUCCCUGCCUACCACCAUCAUUUUGCCAAACAGUGCCGAGUCUCUGAUUAUGGCUACUCCAAACUGCUGGAGCUGCUGGAGGCUGUACCACAUGUACUUCAGAUCCUUGGCCUGGGUUCUAAGCGGUUGCUGACCCUCACACACAGAGCACAGGUGAAGCGUUUCACUCAGGACCUGCUCAAACUGCUCAAGUUUCAGGCAAGCAAGCAGGUCGUCGUCAAGGACUUCAUGCAGGCCUACCACUGGUGUUUCUCCAGAGAUUGGCAAGUGGUCGACUAUGGAAUGUGUGACUUGAUGGAUCUGCUGACUGAGAUUCCUGAUACGACCAUCACCAUGACACAGCAGGAUACUGACAUGGUCAUAUCCGUACCUAAGAGAGAGCGGACCCCAGAGGAGAUGGAGCGCACCAGACAGUUUGGGAAAGAGGUGGUGGAUCUUCUGCGGCACCAGCCACACUUCCGCAUGCCCUUCAGCAAGUUCAUCCCUACUUAUCACCACCACUUUGGUCGCCAGUGCAAGCUCACUUACUAUGGGUUCUCCAAGCUUGUGGAGCUGUUUGAAGCCAUUCCUGAUGUCCUCCAAGUGCUCGAAUGUGGUGAGGAAAAGGUGCUGGCUCUGACUGAGGUGGAGCGAGUAAAGGCUCUGGCAGCUCAGUUGGUGAAGCUCCUUCGUGCUCAGAGAGAUUGCACCCUACCUGCUAGCCAGCUGCUGGCCGAGUACAGCAAGACUUUUGGUUACGGCCUCCGCCUGCAGGAUUAUGAUGCCAGCACGCUGCCUGCCCUUCUCACCAAACUCUGCCAUGUGGUCAAGGUAGUGGAUGGAGCUGAAGAAAAAGAGGUCCAGCUUAUCAACCGAAAAUCACUGCGUGCGCUUACGUCCCAGUUGCUGGCUGUAAUGAUGUCACUUCCUCAUGAGCACAACUGGCUGGGAGUGGAGGCACUGCAGAAGCAGUACGAGUCGAUGUACGAUCAGCAACUCAACCCCUGUGAAUACGGCUUCGUCUCGCUUACGGAGUUGCUCAAGAGCCUGCCUUACCUAGUAGAGUUGUUUGAGGAGGAGGAGGGUGAUAAGACCAAAGAUCGAGUAAGGUUAACUCGGCUGUACCGGUUUGCCCAAAAAGUUCGAGCCCUCCUGCACACCUACCACUACAACCAGAUCUUCCUGACUGAGUUUUGGGGUGCCUUCAGCAAGUACACAGGCUGCGAGUUCCAGCCUCGUGACUACGGAUACAACAAUCUGGAUGAGCUCCUGGCUGCCAUACCACAAGUAGUCUGGAUCAAAGGCCAUGGACACAAGAAGAUUAUUGUCCUGAGGAAUGACAUGAAAGCCCGCGGCAGCCCUGCCAGCACAGACAGCCCUCAGCCUGAGGAGGCCCGAGAGAGCCAGAGCCCUGCCAGCACGCACAGCCCAGCCUCAGGUGGCAGUACUGGUGAGGCGGAGCUGCUGUGUCUGAGCGCCGGUUCUCCCGUGGACCUGCUGUGUGGGCCGGUUCCCUCCUGCCUGCCUUCCCCUCAACUGCACCCUGAUCCGGUUCUGCUCCAACACAAAGACCUCAUCCGCUUCGAGGAGCACUCGCACAUCCAGCCUACAGGAGGCGCCAGAGAGGAACAGCCAGUCCACGACCGCCAGCCUCAGGCAGCUCUGACAACCACUGAACGAUGCACAGGUUCAAAUGAAGACAACGAAAUGACACAAACAUCAGUGUCAAGUGUAGGUAACACAGAAUGUCGUGAUGCGCCAGACUCGGUGGUUGCCAAGCCCUUGCAACCUCCCAACCUCAAACCCUCAGCCACAGAAAGCCCCAGCAAAAGAACCUUCCGGAAUAAAAUAAAACUUGCAGCUAAUUUUUCCUUCUCUUCAACCUCCUCAGUCUAAAGUUACUUGUUAAUCAGAUCAAACUCUAGGAGGUCACAGUGUGUGUAUGUAUAUCUUUUUUUUUUUCCUCCCCUCUUCACCCCCCUUACUCUAUUGAAAGAAUAAGGAAAAAAAGUCUUUAUAAUCAGCCCGUGAAAUAAAUCCGCGUGACUUCGCAGAGCUGUGGCCAUGAAGGAUUUGAUCUGACUAACAGUAGCCUGAAGGUUCACGCCUCUCCCUGUGCUACUUCCGUCUCUUAAAACGUUCACCGCGCUUGCUCAUCAUCGUUAGUUGGCUAUAUUUACAGCCUUUGUUUCGUUUACGAUCCCGUUUUCCAUGUUGGUUUAAAUCCUGAGUUUUAUGUUCUGCACAAAAUCACGACUUCUAGAAUGUUUAAGGAAACAUGAGUUUAUAUGAAAUGUAAACGUACCUCCAAGUUAGCUGUAACUCGGGCAGCUUCCGUCCUUUUCAGAAUAUUAUUUCCUCUUGUUCUAUGCUGUUUUGGGAAUCAUGCUUUUCACCAAAUGAACUUAGUAGGUGCAUCUCAAGUCCUUUGACUGACUGAUCCUGCUCUUUCUGCACAAGGAGAAUGGAGACACUAUCUCCUAUUUACACAUGAUGAUUUUAAAUAAGUUAUCGAACGUGAGGAUUGAUUAUAUUAAUUGUAAUAAUCUUUAACCCAGAUGAUGCGAAAUUCCUUUGUAGGAUUUCUGUAGUUAUUUGCGUACUUUGGAAGUUUUUAGAGUUAAAGAUCUAAAGGAAAGGUUUUUUUUUUCCCCCUUCUCUAAGGUUUUGAGUAGAUUUGUGGUCCAUGCUUUAGUGCACAUGUUUAAUAGCCUUUAUUUUUUAAACAGCAUUUUGAUCAUCUUUAACAGUGCAGUUGGUCUCACAUUGCUGGAAAUUAAAAGAUGAGUGGGGUCUCUUUUGGAUGUCUGAGCUAGGUACAGGACACAUGCAGGAUAAAGUAGAGGUGACGCUACGGAGCUCUUUGCUCGCUUGAAGCGCGCCAUUCGACAACUGAUGUCGACGGUGAAAUUUGAGUCGGCGCAUGCAAAACUCCACGGUUCUGCUGCUGGAGUUCAAGCGAAGCUCCUUUUCCGUUUUAGCCAUAUAUGCAGCUUGUGCUUUGUUUUGGGGGGUUUUAGCGUGUGGAAUUUUAUAUGCACGUCGUGCAUAGAUCAUUUCCGAUGUGACAUGCGAUAGAAGCUGUAGAGUUUUAAGCAGUUUGCUUCCUGCAUUUUCAUGGUGAAUCAUGAUGGCAAGAGCCAAGGUUGUUUUCUUUAACCUUGAUCAGUUUCUUUGGGUUUGUUGACAGUCUGUGCUUAUUCUUAAAGCAAGACUUCAACGUGCGAUUUAUGGUAUAAACGGGCUUUUAAGGCACUGGAGUCGAGGAUGGGAACUGCUCAGAGUGAAACACCGUGGUAUCAGGGGGACGCACACAGGCCCUCUGAAUUUUCUGUGGAACGAGCCAGGCUUUUUACAAUGGCUUGUAUCAGCCUUGGCACCAUGGGAGAUGAAGCGAGAGAGAGGGAGAGCUGCAAGAGCGUUCCCUCCUGCACUCCCUUAGCAGAUUUUUCUUUUGUGUUGUCUUGUUUAGUGGGUUGCUUGAGACUGAAGAUUUAUCCUGCAUGUGUUUGUCCUGUCUGGGUUAUCCCAGGAUUUAAAAAAAAAACCUAGACUGGUCAUCUGACGAGCUGCCAUGAGGAUCUGUAUUUGCACAGAGAGAACCACAUUUUGGGAGAAUCUCCCUGUAAAAUGGCUUCCUGUUUUUAUUGUGAAAUCUAUGCGAUUCAUUUUGAAAAUGUGACACUUUUUUUUUCAUUUCCAAGCUCUAGCUUUAAACCUGAUGGUCAUCAAAAUGGCUGCUGUUUUUGUUUCAAGAGGUCCUGCUGUAAGUUUAAUGCAGUCCAGUCUUGGUCAAGUUUAUGGCUCACGUUCCUAAUUUCCUGACUCGCCACCACAGAGUGGCUGUAUUUACAUCCCAAAUCAUUUACUUUCAUCCCGGAUUAAAGGAGCUGUGGGUUUUUUUUUUUUUUUUUUAAGAUUAUCAAAGGCCUGAUAUUUAUUUCAUGGAGGGAACUGUUGGAGCUGAAUCACACUGGACAUAAUGAGUCCUAGUUUUGCUGCUAUAAUUUCAGUUUGCUGUUUUGGGGAGAUAAUUUGGUUACAGCUAAGCUGGAGGACAAAUCUGGAACAUCUUGUUUUGUUGCGCCACAAUGAGAAGCUAAUCUUGUUUGCCUAUGCACAUUUGCAUAGUUUUUUUUUUUUUUGAUUUAUUGAAUAUCGUACUACUGGAGGGUGUAACAUUAAUGAAGUUAAAUGUACAUGACAAUUACGAGCAUUUAGUUGAGCACCGGCUCUUUUCCAGCAUGGAGUGUUUCAGUUUACGUGGUUGGGGGUCGGUUAUGUGUUUCUACAUAUUGCCCUGGAGCAAGUGCAGCAGAACAAAGGUCCGAUUCCAUCCUAAUGUACUUAACUAGUAUUGUUAAACGUGCUCGUUAGGACUCCAUCAAUAAUUACAGUAAUUUGAGAUGAAAUGAUGUGCGAUCUCAAGACAACUGUAUUGUUCUCUCGUCAGAAGCAGAAUGCUGUCACGUUAACCCGAAACUGUGUCGUGCCUCGUUUUGGUUCUUGCUGAUGUACUUAAGUUGCAUGUUUAAUGUAUUGUGCUUUCUGCCUCUGCUCACUCGGUCACUCUCACCCCUAUCAUUUAAGCCAUUAUAACGUAUUUUCACUUUUUUUUUUUUGUGACGUACCCAAAAUAUUUCUGUUAAUAAACUUCACAAGCAUCA